CUCCCUAGGUGCCGACGGUGCUCCGCCCCACGGUCCUCCCGCCCGCUCCUCGCGGUCCAUGGCGCGCCCGGCGCCCGGGUGGCGGCUGCGGCCGCUGGCGGCGCUUGCCCUGGUGCUGGCUCUGACCCAGGUGCCCACAGCCCGCUCUGGGCAGACGCCGCGCCCCGCACAGCGCGGGCCCCCGGUGCGGCUCUUCACGGAGGAGGAGCUGGCCCGCUACGGCGGCGAGGAGGAGGAUCAGCCCAUCUACUUGGCAGUGAAGGGAGUGGUGUUUGAUGUCAGCUCUGGAAAGGAGUUUUAUGGGCGAGGAGCCCCCUAUAAUGCCUUGACCGGGAAGGACUCUACCAGAGGUGUGGCCAAGAUGUCACUGGAUCCUGCAGACCUCACUCAUGACACUACGGGUCUCACAGCCAAGGAGCUGGAGACCCUGGAUGACGUCUUCAGCAAGGUGUACAAAGCCAAAUACCCCAUUGUCGGCUACACGGCCCGCAGGAUCCUUAAUGAGGAUGGCAGCCCCAACCUGGACUUCAAGCCUGAAGACCAGCCCCAUUUUGACAUAAAGGACGAGUUCUGAUGUCUAGCUGCAAAGGGCUGGCUCUAGGGUGAGAUGGGGAGACAGGGGUUAAAUGUCCCAUGGAAGAAGCUGAGGAAGCCUCCAGGUCCCUUGCAUUUGAAUAAAGCUGAUGUUGAACUGGGA